UAAAUUUCUCCAAACAUUAUCUAUGUCUUUCUUUUUAACAGUAAUUUCCACGAGUUUAAACCCAAUCCUAAUUCUAAUAAAUAAGUAGAACUCUGCCACGUGUCAAUCUAUAAGACCUCCAAAAUAGAGUUUUCCCGCUCAUUUUAUUCAUCUAUAUUUACGUAAAUGCCAUACAAUCCAAAAUCAAUAAUUCCGAAAAAAUCUGCAAACAAAUAUGUUAAUCAAUCUUCAGAUUCGAAAAACACGCAUUAAUUUUGAAAGUUUGUUUAUUUUGAUUGCAAAUUAAAUCCCUAAAAAUCUGCAAUAUUUAUCUUUUUCAAACGUAAAUAGCAUUCAUACGGUUAUUUUCUUUUUACCAUUCUGCUCCAGACGAAUUCUGCUCCAUAGUAAUAUUUGCAAACGUAUUCUUCUUCAUUCUUCUUGAUUCUGCAACGCUUCAAAAAUUAUAAUAUCAGGUUAGUGUAUUAAAAUAUCAGCAUUACUAAUAUUUCUAACCUCUUAAUUGUCUGAUUUACCAGUUUCUAUCAUUUUUCAUUUUAUUAGUGAUGUUCUUCUUCUUCCUUUUGCUAAUUCUUCUUAAUCAUGUUCUUCUUCUACCUUUUCAGUUUAAAAGACGAAAUUAGUAAUAAAAAUGAGAACUUUAUUUUCUUAAAAAAAAACUGUUCUUCAAAGCUUUAACUAUUACAAUAUGUUUUUUUUUUGUUUUGCUGUUUCAUUUACUUUGAUUUGCUGUUAAUUUAAAAGGUUGCUAAUUUUCGCCCCAAUUCCAAAAUCAAAUAACAGAUCCUUCGUAUGAUUCAUUUAUCAUUUUUUUUUAGUUCAUUCGCAUUUGAGUUGUUUGUCUCACCAAAUACGAAAUGAAUAUUAACCAUAAUCACCUUCGCAUCUUUAACCCCAAUCCAUACAACCUCAUAUGCGAAACCCAAUUUUGAUUUGUAUUACCAAAUGCGAACAUUUUUGCUUUUACACGUGAACUGCAUUUGACUCCAAUAUGCGAACAUCUUUAACCCAAUCCAUACAACCUCAAAGCUUUAACUAUUACAAUAUGUUUUUUUUGUUUUGCUGUUUCAUUUACUUUGAUUUGCUGUUAAUUUAAAAGGUUGCUAAUUUUCCUUACAAUUCUAUAAUGAUUAAAUUUAUUGCAGAAAAUGGAAAUAGGAAAUAAGGUUUACCUAAAUAACAUUGACCAGAUAGAUGAAAAAUCGCAUAUCAAGGUUCGGGUGCUUAAAAUUUGGAACUAUGUCAGAAAUAAUAAAGUUUGUUCCAUUGAAAUGAUCAUCAUGGAUGAGGAGGGUACACAAUACCAAGCUCGUGUCUUCAAUCAGAAUUUCUCCAGAUUUCGUCAUCUUUUAAAGGAAGAUGAAAGUUAUAUAGUUAUAAAACCCAAUAUGGCUGCUGUUACUAAUGGUUUUAGUUAUACAGGUCAUAAACAGACCUUAACUUUGGAUUGGAAAAGCAUCCUAAAAAAAUGUGAUGAUUUCUCGGGUCCGGUCAAUGGAUUUAUGUUUGUUGACUUUAAUUCUAUCAUAGAACAAACAUGCCCAAAAGACACAUUCUUUGAUGUUAUUGGACAUAUCGUGUCAUUUAGGCCUCUUGAAACUUCAAAUCCAGUACCAUCCAAGCAUUAUAUAAAAGUCACUCUUAGCAACCUAGAUUCUGUACAUCUGAAGGUUACUAUUUUUGGAAGUCAAGCAUAUCAAAUUUCAGAAUACCUAAAAAAUAACCCGACUGUUAAUUUUGUUGUUAUCGUGAUGCAGUUUUUGAAGCUAAACAUUUGGAAUGGUCUUGGUGAAGCUAAAAGUCAUUUUGAAGUAACGAAAUUGUUCAUAAAUUCUGACAUUUAUGAAAUAAAUGAGUUUAAAAAUAAGUUGAAAUGUCAUGACAAUUUCGGUAUAACUGAAAAAAGCAUAACUACACUUCAAAGCUACUCUUCUUCAUAUACAGAUGACUUUAAGGGCAAUUUUCCAUUAAAAACAAUCUGUGAGAUCACCGAACCAAUUAAGGAAAUGAAGUUUUUAUUAGUUGCUUCCAUUGUUAAUAUAAGGCAGAAUCUACCAUGGUAUUAUGAAGCAUGCAAAAAAUGUGGAAAAAAAGUUAUCCCUGUUCCCAAAACCAAUCAUUCGUAUACCAACCCUGAGGGAAUUUCCGAAACUAUGGUUGUCGAGUGUACAAAUGCACAAUGCAAAAAAUCUGAAUUUCAGUAUAUAAUUCCAAUUAACGUACAAGAUUGUACUGGAACCAUUGGAUUGACUCUUUUUGAUAGGGAAGCAAGGAGGUUGUUAAAUAUAAGUGCCUACGAGUUGAAAAAGAUACAUGAUGCGGCCGGAGACAGUGAUGCCCUAUUUCCAAUGCAACUUAAUGUGUUGAAAAACCGCAAGUUUGGUUUUGUUGUAGAUAUUACAGAAUACAAUGUCAACAACUAUAAUAACAUCUACACAGUUCUCAGAGUUACAGAAGAUAUGUCCAUUGUUUGUGAAUUGGAAAGUAAAAUAGAACUUAUGAGUAAUCAAUCUGUCGCCUUAAAUCAAGUUGCUUUGGAAUCCGAUGAUGUUGUACAGCCUGUUCAAAAGGAUGUGAUCUCACAAACAGACGAAAGUUUUACACCCUCAACAGUUGAUAAGUCAACCGCAACAAGUCCUUGCAAAAUAUCAGGUGAUUUGAAGCGCAACCUCCAAGAAAUUUAUGAUGUUGAUUCUGGAUAUGAUUUAAGUUCAACUAAGGCUAAAAGAAAGUCAACCGCAGAGGAAACUCCACUCUUGAUUCCAAAAAUUGAAAAUUACAAGCGGGAAAAGAAAAGCCAAAAAAUUAGAAAAGCCCGCUACCCUCCCUGCCCUAAGCAUUUUCACGCAUCUUUCAUUCUCCUCACACUGUUGUGCAACUUCUCAAUCAAAGAUCGAAGGUUACGAUUUCAUCUCCAUCUCUCGACUUCAUCAUCUCAAUCAAGAAAAAGGGCUUCUGAGACUCGCUCAAUCGCUAAAAGCCUGAGAUUUGCUAGCUUCUCUCUCAUCACCACCACACUUCUCCUUCUCGCCACCAUUACCGCCGCCCAAACUCCAACUCCAACACCACCGUCACCGCCACCAGCGUCCGAUUCCUGCAACGGCGUCUACUUAUCCUACACUUACACAUCCGGAUCCAAGCUCCCACCAAACCGAACAUCAAAUCAACCCUACCGCUUCGAAUCAACCCUCAGAGUCCUCAAUAACGCCGACGAAGAGCUUAAAUCAUGGAGGGUGUUUGUGGGUUUUCAGCAUGAUGAGUACUUGGUAUCUGCUUCUAAUGCUGUAAUUGCUGAUGGGUCUGCUACUUUUCCGGGUCCGGUUGGAAACGGCACCGUUUUUGCUGGAUUUCCAAGUGUGAUCUCAAGACUGCUAUUGAAACUGCUGGAGAUGUGA